AUGGGCACUUCGCUCUUCGAGCUGUACCUGGCCGUCCAGCUGUUCACCAGUCUGCGAGAGAAGCUGCCCGAGACGGAAGUGGAAGGCGAGGAGUCGCCCCUGCAGAACGCGUACCUGUGGUUCGCCGGAGCCGUCAAUCGGUGGCUGGACAUAGCCUGCUACAAGGCCAUGCAUCGCAUCAAGCGUGCGAUAGAGCUGGACCAGGCCAGACAGGUGCACACGUUCGUGAACCACAGCAGCUCGGCCGUGGACACUGUGGCUGUGUUCUAUCAGAUCAAGACGUUCUGGAAGCAGCUCAGUUGGCCGGACGCCAUCAGCUCGUACGGCUUUGUCACCAAGGUUCUGGACGACAUCACCAGGAGCGCCACCUUCUACGUGGCGCAGAUGCACCGGCACCUGAAGGCAUGCGGCUACUUCUGCGCCGCCCGGCCUUUCAGCUUCACCCAGGAGCUGUGCCUGAUCCAUCCGCUGCCUAACGAGCUCGGCUUCGAAACAGUGUUCUCGGCCAUGGAGGAGCAGCUCGGCUCGCAGGGUACCAUCCAGUGCCGGAUGACGCUGCAGAACGUCAUCGAUCAGGCCAUCGAGGACAUGGAGCAUGGCAUCAGCGACAUGGUGGACGGAUCUGUGGCGCAGAUGCUGCCACAAGUGCACUCCUACCUUAGUCAGCUGACGCAGCCUCACUGCCGCCUGGUGCCGGCCGACAACAUCAUCUCUUACCUGGACACGAACUUGAUGCUGCUCUACCCGCGUCUGCACCCGCUCAACCUGCGCCGAGUGCUCGAAUCCAUCUGGGUGCAGGUGCUGAAGACGGUGGUCGACAACACCACCCGCUACAGCAAGAAGGAGACGGAGUAUUUCGCCACAAUCUCGAGCCUGGUGAACGCGCUGGUGGAGUUCAUCAACGGCGACGACAAGGGCUUGGCGAUGGAUGCCAUUCACACAGACACCUACAAGAAGUUUGUGCACUGGGUCAACAUCUACAAAUGCGACCCUGAACGCCUGAUCGCCAUGUACUACGCGCGUAAAUACGACCUUCAAGAGGAGCUGGACGAGUCGCUGCACGGCAAGCUCUCCACCAAGGCCUUCUUCGUCGACAACGUGCUGCGUGUGGAGGUGCUCAACGCGCGUGGAAUCCGGCCGUCCGACCCAGACACCUGUGACGCCUACGUAAAGGUUCAGAUUCUGCCUGAGACGCUGGCGCCCAAUAUGGAGAAGGUGCAAACCAAGGUCCAGAAGAAGACCAUCUUCCCGCUCUUCGACGAAGUCUUCGAGUUCUCUGUGGACCGGGAGCGGCUGGUGGCGCGCGACUGUCACCUGCUCUUCACGGUCAAGGACCAUCACACGCUGGUGGAGUCUGAGCUGCUGGGCGAGGCCGUGUUGCCGCUGGCCCGGCUCCAGAACGUCGCCUACAGCCAGGCGCGUCACGUGGACCAGCAGCUGCUCAGUCUGAUGCCAGUCCGCAUGAGAGCCGAACAGCAGGAGAUCUUCCGGGCGCUAGUGGACAAGUCCUCCUGGAGCCCGGUGGCAGCCGAGUUCGUCCGCAAGCUCAACAAGCGACUACGGCGAGACAGCGCCAAUCCCGGCGGGCCCACCAGCACCAUCUCGCGGCGACUCUUCAGGUCCUAGCCGGCCGCCUGCCACGCGCCACCCACAUCUGUGAUAUCCUCGUACCGAACAAUGCUCAUGCGGUGACGUAAGCGGCGCGGCCCGCCGUGCGUGCGACCGGUCUGGCCCGACCAGUGGUGAAACCAAAGACGACAUUACUAGCCUGUAUCGAGCUUGUAAAUUCACCGAGUUCGACCUCGGUACGGUUCUGAGGCCGGAAGAAGUCGUCUCGCGUUCUGUUUGGUGAUUAUGUUCGUGAUUUGGAAUGUGAGCGUGUUUACUGUUUCUUUCAAUGCGCCAUCGAGAAAGAUGACGACGUCUGCAGCAAGCCGGGCUCCAGACAACAAGUAUUGAUGUACUUGGUAAACGCAUUUUAUACAAAUGUAAAGAAAGUUCUGGCGUUUACUCGCUUAGACUGAAGUGCAGGUUGAGUUUUUUAAGUAGGGUGUUAGUACCUCUUCGGGUAUCUGUGGAGUGAGUGUUGCAAAUAGUCGGCAGUAUCCCGGCCUGAAUCACUAACAACUUACGCCGGCGGAGACCGUGAAAUUUCGACUCUUCAUCUUGCUUAUUUCAGCCCCUACAAGAAAAGUGUAGACGAUCAAAUAAUCCGCGCUUGAUGUGUCUGACGGCUGGGGAAAUUUGAACUCGAGGCAAUCGCAUCGAGUUCAAGGGCUGAGCAGGGGUACGUUAUUAGCAAACUUAAUGUGAAUUGACGAGGUUUCUCCACCUCCGAGCUGGAAAUGCCGUGCACGACAGAUUGCGCGGGUUUGCAAGGUAAUAUUUUCUUGGCGAACACGCUUGUCAAGGUUGACGAACAACUAGGACCACGCCUGGCAGGGUUUAUCGUUUACAGCUUUGCGGAACGAUUGAGACGAGGCACAAGUGUCACGGAUUGACUAAUUGUUCGGACAAUCGGUCGCCUGGUGUGUUGGUAUGUGCACAAGGUUUCGGCCGCUUAAUUCUCCAGCUGCUUGAAAAAUGUUGUUGGAGGAAUGUUCCACAUUUAAAAACAUUGAGGCGAGCAUCAGAUAGGAUGAAACAAGCUCACUUAUAAGCAUUGGUAUGCUUUUUAGGUGGAAA